AUGUCAUCAUCACGGAAGCUGAAGCACCAUGAUUACACAGUCGGCUGGAUUAGCGCCUUGCCACUUGAGAUGGCGACUGCAAAGGCGAUGCUGAAUGAAGUUCACACCUCACUCCCAGUGCCCAAGAGUGACCACAAUACUUACCGGCUUGGGAAAAUAGCAAACCACAAUAUUGUUAUUGCCUGUCUCCCCUCUGGUGUGUACGGUCACACCUCUGUUGCGGUGGCAGCUCAGCAGAUGCGAUCUACGUUCCCCUCUAUCAAUUUCGGGCUGAUGGUAGGGAUUGGUGGCGGCGCACCGAACGAUUCAGUCGAUAUUCGCCUGGGAGAUGUUGUAGUUAGCAAGCCGACUGAUCGCUUCGGGGGAGUGGUACAAUACGAUUAUGGAAAGACCCUGGCAGACGGGGCGUUCCAUCGAACUGGGACCUUGAACAAACCGCCCGAAGCUCUCCUAACAGCGAUUUCUGAUCUUCAGGCGAACCAUAUUAUGGGCGAAAAUCACAUCACCUCUCAUCUACAAAUGGCCGCAGAGGCAUAUCCUUGCAUGAGAUCAUCGUUCAUCUAUCCUGGGCAGGACCAAGACAUUCUUUUUAAAACGCCGCACCGUCACCAAGGAUCCAAUGCUUCUUGCUGUGGAUGUAACUGUAGCAAGAUAAUGACUCGCUCCCCAAGGCAAUCCACAGAACCACGCAUUCAUUACGGUCUCAUCGCCUCCGCAAACCAGGUGAUGAAGGAUGCAUCAACACGCGAUCGGCUAGCAAGAGAGCUGGGAGUCCUAUGCUAUGAGAUGGAAGCCGCAGGGCUGAUGGACCAUUUCCCCUGUUUAGUCAUUCGAGGGAUCUGUGACUAUUCAGAUUCCCACAAGAAUAAGCAAUGGCAAAACUAUGCAGCAGCGACUGCGGCUGCAUAUGCAAAAGAGCUUUUGCAAUUCUCCAUCCCCAGUACCGGUGGUUCUCAACGGCAAAACUCAACAGAGAAAAUUCGGACAAAAGUCCCGAUCCUCAAGACAAAGUUCUUUGGGCGACAGAUAGAGCUUGUUAAAACUCGGCAAUACUUCAAUUCACCCAAGCCAGGUCAGAAAGCUGUCGUGGUCUGGGGUCUCAGUGGAUAUGGCAAGACGCAGUUGGCAAUUCAUUACAUCACCACUGAGCAGGAAUCGUAUCAGUCUAUUUUAUGGAUUGAUAGCUCGUCUACCGCUAUGAUUGAUGAAUCGUUUGAACGAAUCUCUUCACAAAUACGACCAGACUCUAGAAAUGAGCGCCCAGCUGUUGACAGGGUGGUUGAGUGGCUAGAGCAAGAUACGAAUCGCUCAUGGAUUAUGGUGUUCGACGGAAUACCAAGCUUCGAUGAUAUGAGUGGAUGCGACGGUCUUGAUAUUAGAAAGUAUUUACCCUCUUGUGAUCAUGGCCACCUCCUAUUGAUAACCACCGCAUCUGAUCUGCAAUCGCGACUGGGAUUUCUUGAAAUUCAACUACAAGGCGUUGAUGAACAUACGGGCUCUGAGAUUCUUCUAAAAUGUGCGGGCAUUCGGUCCUCAGAUCCCUCUGUGAUAGGCAAGGCAAUCUCUCGUAAACUCGAUGGGGUGCCUCUUGCCCUUGAACAAGCUGGCUCUUUCCUGUCGUAUGGGCUAAUCUCCAUGAGCGAUUACAACCAACAGUUUCAGAUCCGAUUUCUGGACAAAGCGUUGAAAACUCCCGUCAGAAGAUACGUUGGAUCGUAUGAGAAGGGGCGUACCCUCUGGACAGCUUUUGACAUGUUAUACGAUGCAUUGAGCCAACGAAGUCUGGAUUCAGUCAGGCUUCUUAAUCUGGCCGCUUUCCUUGGGCCAGGCCAGAUACAAUUCUCUGUCCUUUCUGGACCUAAUGGCUCAGCCCAGACUGGGUGUUCUGAAAAAUCGAUCACGCUGCCCUCGGAUAUAUCAAACACCCCAUCAUGUAGCGUACUAACCUGGUUGGAACGCCUGCGGUCUGAGACGACUGAUUUCGCAUUUGCGCUUGGGGAGCUCGAGAGCUCUGGCUUUAUCAAGCUUAGUCGCAAUUCAUCCGAUGCGAAUAUUGAUACCUUCAUCAUCCAUGACCUGGUUCGAUCCUUUAUCCGAUUCAAAAUGUCCAGGGAAGACACUCUGGAGAACGUGGCCGCUGCA